UAUUAUGUACAUUGGGUCGGUUUCGAUUUCCGGUUCUAAGCCUGACCCGUUUUUGAUCUCUCUCUAUCUUCUCCUUCGCCUCCUCCCUCCCAUAAAUGAUAAACCUCUCUGUCGCUGCUUUGUUCAAGAGCUGUGAAUCCUCCCUUGCAAACACAAUUUUGAAGGCCAGAAUGAUUCUUGAACACUCCAUUCCCUUCUCACCAGCAUAAUCGCGUUCCUUCUAAUGGCUUCUUCCGUACUGUCGUCUUCGUUCCUUUCUCACGUCUCUCAACCACAACCGAACCUUUCACCAUUUCGGUCCAAAACCCGACAAAGGAUUAAAAUCCUUAAAAUCACAUCCAAAGCAAUCCGCAAACCCUGCAAAACCCUCCCAUUCGCUUCUAAUUUUCUGCACUUUGGAGAAGCCAGUAGAAACCCAACAUGCACUGACAAAGAGCUAGAAUUGCUAGUAGAAGCUCCUAAAACAUCAAGAGAGCAAAAGGAACCGGAGUCCUUAAAUGGGUUUUAUUCAAAAUCUAAAAAUACCAUACUCCAAGGCAUUGCGAGGCCGAUGGUGUAUGCAUUGUUUUGUUUAGCAAUUGGGUUUUGUCCGGUUGGUGCGUUUCGGUCGCACGCAAUUGCGGCUCCGGUUGCCAGUGAAGUAAAAAUGGGUAAGAAAGAAGAGAAAGAAUUGAGUUCAAAACAGCAUGAGUAUGCAGAUUACACCCGUCGACUGUUGGAGCAGGUGUCGAGUUUAUUGAGAUGCAUGGAGGAUGUGAGAAGGGGAAACGAGAAUCUAGAGAAGUUGGAAUCGGCUUUGAAGCUGGUGAAAUCAAAUAAAGAGAAGUUGCAGGCGGAGAUAAUGGAGCGGCUAUACAUAGAAUUGAGAGAGCUGAAGAAAGAGAAAGGGGAUUUGAGGAAAACAGCGGCUACUAUUGUAGGUGAGGCGGUGAAGGCAAAGUCCGAUUUUGAGAAUGUUGCACGAAAGGCUGACAAGGGGAGGAUGGAGAUGUUGCAGGAGAGUAUGGAGAGGCUGGAGAAUAAGUAUAGUGAGAUAUGGGAGAGAAUUGACCAGGUUGAGGAUAGAAUUUUGAGGAGGGAAACAACGGCUUUGAGUAUUGGGGUGAGAGAGCUUUGUUUCAUUGAGAGGGAGUGUGAGCAGCUGGUGGAGGGAUUUAGCCGCAAAAUGAGGCUGAGGAAAACAGGGAGUCCGCUCAAAAGCUCUGCUACCAAGCUUUCGAAAUCCGAAAUUAAAAAACAACUGGAAACUGCCCAAAGGAAGCACUUGGAAGAAAUGAUUCUGCCUAGUGUUGUUGAAGAUGAAGGUCUCGGACCAUUUGAUAAAGAAUCGGUGGAUUUCUCUCGACGCAUACAACAAGCCCUUAGAGAUUCAAAUGAGGUGCAGACUGUUUUGGAGGCUCGUAUCAGAAAAAAUAUGAGAAAGUUUGGCGAUGAAAAACGUCUGAUUUUAAAGACACCAGAAGAUGAGGUUGUGAAGGGUUUUCCAGAAUUUGAGUUGAAGUGGAUGUUUGGAGAUAGAGAGGUUGUGGUACCUAAGGCUAUUGGUCUCUAUUUGUACCAUGGUUGGAAACAAUGGCGCGUAGAAGCUAAAGCAGAUCUGAAAAAGAAAUUGUUGGAAGAUCCUGAUUUGGGUAGACAAUACAUGAACCAAAGACAGGAACGCAUCCUUGUAAAUCGAGAUAGACUUGUCUCAAAAACCUGGUACAAUGAAGAAAAAAGUAGGUGGGAAAUGGACUCUAUGGCUGUUCCGUAUGCUGUAUCAAAGAAGCUAUUACAGCAUGCACGAAUCAGGCAUGAUUGGGGUGCCAUGUAUAUUAAGCUUAAGGGAGAAGAUAAGGAGUAUUAUGUUGACAUUAAGGAAUUUGAUAUGCUAUAUGAGGAUUUUGGAGGUUUUGAUGGGCUAUAUAUGAAAAUGCUUGGCAGUGGUAUUCCAACUGCUGUUCAACUAAUGUGGAUCCCUUUCUCGGAGUUGGAUUUCUGGCAGCAGUUUCUUUUGACGACGAGGCUAGUUCAUCAAUGCUUCAAUGCAAUAUGGAAGAAUAGAUUUGUGUCAUAUGGUAGAGACUGGGUGUUUGAGAAAGUUAGAAACAUAAAUGAUGACAUAAUGAUGAUGAUUGUGUUUCCUAUUGUGGAGUUUGUUAUUCCUCACCCGCUAAGGAUACGACUGGGGAUGGCAUGGCCUGAGGAAAUAGGUCAAACUGUUGGUUCCACGUGGUACUUGCAAUGGCAAUCAGAGGCAGAAAUCAGUUUUAAAUCGAGACAGACAGAAGAUCAAGAGAUACAAUGGUUUCUUUGGUUUCUUAUUAGAUGUGGAAUAUAUGGAUUUUUGUUGAUGCAUGUGUUCCGGUUCAUGAAGAGGAGAAUUCCAAGACUUCUCGGUUAUGGUCCUUUACGCGGUAGAGAUCCAAACAGGGAGAAGCUUCGAAGAGUGAGGACCUAUAUGAUGUACAAGCUGAGAAGCGUCAAAAAUAAGAAGAAGGAAGGCAUUGAUCCUAUAAAAACUGCUUUUGAGCAAAUGAAGAGGGUAAAGAAUCCUCCCAUCCCAUUGAAGGACUUUUCUAGUAUUGAUUCUAUGAGAGAAGAAAUCAAUGAAGUUGUGGCUUUUUUGAGGAAUCCUAGUGCAUUUCAGGACAUGGGAGCCCGUGCACCUCGGGGAGUUCUAAUUGUCGGAGAGAGGGGGACAGGAAAGACCUCUCUGGCAUUGGCGAUAGCUGCAGAAGCUAGGGUGCCUGUUGUCAAUGUUGAAGCCCAGCAGUUGGAGGCUGGGCUAUGGGUUGGUCAAAGUGCAUCCAAUGUUAGGGAACUGUUUCAAACAGCAAGGGAUUUGGCACCUGUUAUCAUAUUUGUUGAGGAUUUCGACCUCUUUGCUGGUGUCCGUGGCAAGUUCAUUCACACUAAAGAGCAGGACCACGAGGCUUUCAUUAAUCAACUUCUUGUGGAGCUUGAUGGGUUUGAGAAACAAGAUGGGGUUGUUUUGAUGGCUACGACUCGAAAUGUUAAGCAAAUCGAUGAGGCCUUACAGCGCCCUGGUCGAAUGGAUAGAAUAUUUCACCUUCAGAAGCCUACCCAAUUAGAAAGAGAGAAGAUCUUACACAUAGCUGCUGAGGAAACCAUGGAUGAAGAAGUCAUUGAUUUUGUAGACUGGAGAAAGGUUGCUGAGAAGACUUCUCUUUUGCGGCCUAUAGAACUCAAAUUUGUCCCUGUGGCUUUGGAGGGUAGUGCUUUUAGGAGCAAGUUUCUUGAUACAGAUGAACUUAUGAGCUACUGCAGUUGGUUUGCGACUUUCAGUGGCAUUGUUCCUAAAUGGGUGCGGAAGACAAAAACUGCGAAGAAGAUGAGUAAAGUGCUUGUGAACUUUCUUGGAUUGGGAUUGACCAAAGAGGAUCUGCAAAAUGUGGUUGAUUUGAUGGAGCCAUACGGCCAGAUAAGCAAUGGAAUAGAACUUCUGAGUCCGCUACUUGAUUGGACUAGGGAAACCAAGUUCCCACAUGCUGUUUGGGCAGCUGGUCGUGGUCUCAUUGCACUUCUAUUACCCAACUUCGAUGUUGUGGACAAUCUAUGGCUUGAGCCAUCUUCUUGGCAGGGAAUUGGAUGUACAAAGAUUACUAAGGCCAGAAAUGAAGGUUCGAUGUAUGGGAAUUCAGAAUCAAGAUCAUACCUUGAAAAGAAGCUUGUGUUCUGCUUUGGUUCAUAUGUUUCUUCCCAACUACUACUUCCUUUUGGGGAGGAAAAUCUUCUUUCUUCUUCAGAAUUAAAACAGGCACAGGAGAUAGCUACACGCAUGGUGAUUCAGUAUGGAUGGGGCCCUGAUGACAGUCCAGCUAUUUAUUACAGCAGCAAUGCGGCAACAUCUUUGAGCAUGGGGAACAACCAUGAGUAUGAGAUGGCAGCUAAAGUUGAAAAAAUAUAUGAUAUGGCAUAUCUAAAGGCAAAGGAAAUGCUUCAGAAAAAUCGUCUAAUCCUUGAGAAGGUUGUUGGGGAAUUGCUUGAAUUUGAAAUCUUGACUGGAAAGGAUUUGGAAAGACUGGUCAAAGAAAAUGGUGGAGUUUAUGAGAAAGAGCCUUUUUCCCUUUCAAAAGUAAAUCACAUUGAGCCAUUGUCCGUGAGCUUUCUUGAUGGCGGUAAUGCAUCAGCAACAGUGCUUUUAGGCUCAACAACCAAGUAAUCGAAAUAUAUACGUGGCUCUGGGUAACCUUCUGUGGGAUCAAAGGUUGUGGAAUCAAAGGUGGAAAGUCCAUUUCUCCAAUGAACUUGGGUUUGUUGUCUGAGAGUAUAAUAUAGGUUUGGUUUCUCUGUCUUAAGUGAAAGUGUUUUGGAAGAGCGUAGGACAUGUAGGAUAAACUAGUAGGUACAGCAAGCGGUAAAGAUUGAGAAGUGGGGUUAUUUUUUCCUUCUCAACUUGGCAUUGUAAAUUGCUGGAAAAUGAACUUUGAGAUUUGAGAAUGUGAAUAUCAUUCAUGUUUCUCAUUUAGGGUUUGAGUUGACAGAUUGACUUCUUUUCAUCAUUAUUUAUCAUUUUCACAGCCUUAUUCCUAUACAUUUUGGAGCUGGUGUAACAAUCCAUAAAGAGAGAUUAGUUUGAAUUAAUAAUAUGAUGCCUAAGCUUUGUUAAGAUUUA